ACCAAGCACAACCAAGAUGAGCGACGACACGACGAGCAACCGCCUGGCAGAGAAGAUGUUGGCUGGAUGGACGCUCCUCGCUACCAACUGCCCAGAACUGGACUGCUGCACACCACUGAUGUGUUCCCGAAAGGACAAGACCAAACUGUUGUGUGUCAAGUGCGACAAGUGGUAUUCCACCGAAGAGCCUGCAGAAACGAGCGCUGCGACGCCAACUUCGAGCGCACCUCAAGCAACUCCUCACCCUCCACCGCCGCCACCAGCAGCAUCAUUCGUGGCCGACCAGACACCGCAAGAGGAUCAGGCCGCCGUAUAUGCAGCGCGCAAGAAGCGUCGCGAUGCCACCAGCAGCAAACUUGGGGAGAAAAUGUUGCAGGGUUGGACGUUGAUGGGUUCAGUCUGCCCAAGGCCAGAUUGCGGCACUCCAUUUGUGCGAAAUCGUGACACUGGUCAACUUUUUUGUGUCACAUGCAACCAGUAUGCCAUCACCGAAGAGCAAGCGGCAGAGCAACAUGCCGCCGACAUCGACAUCGACCAACCCUCCCACGACGAGUCCUCCAUCACCACCAUCAUGACCACCCAACCAGGCACGUCGUUCGUAGCCGCCGCAGCAGUCCAGCCUGGUAGACACUUCCACCACCACCCAUCCUCCUUGGAUGAUCAGCUCUAUCACCGCAACCAGCCUCUCAUCCCCAACGGUAGCAGUGGCCGCUUCACAAGCGAAGGCCGAGCUACGAAAUUCCGCCGACUUGGCUACUACCACCACCCCCGUUGACGUCACAUCGACCUCCGCCGCCGCCAACUAUGCGCUGCGUGCCCUCUACCAUAAACUGGCGGCGGCCACGGCUGCCUUGGAACAGGCGACCACAGACAAGGAAGUAUGCAUGCAGUCCCGUGUGCUGCGUGACGUGGCCAAGGCCAUCAAAGCGCUGCACGGUGUCCAAUCCGUCGCCUGAACCUCCAGCAAACGCUGUCGCAUGACCGUCCUCAAAGCAGUUGGUAGUAAGUAGCCAUUCGUAGGAUCUGAAAGUCACUCGAAACACGUUGGUUUCGAAUGUCGUCAGACUACCUGUGAUACAGCAACUCUUGUCGCACACUUGGUCAUGUACACUGGAAUCGUCCAGAUAAAGACUACGUAAUGCUAUUAAAGUUGUAUUGUCA